UCUAUCUCUCUCAAACGUUUUCUUACUAUUUUCCAAUGGGCAUAGAGAUAGCUAGCUAGCUAGCUAGCUCUCAUGGCUUUUAACAAUGGGUACAGAGAUCCAAAGGCUACAAAACUUUGCUUCAUUAAGAUUAACUAGAAAUAAUUCCUCAAUCGCCAGGGACUCAGACAUCGACGAUCAGGAUCAUCGAUACACAAGCUUGAAGGACAUCAUAUUGAGUUCACCGCCAAACAGUUCCUCGAACAAUAAUCAAGAGGGAAUUAAUCAUGACUUCGACUCUUUCAACAUCACCAUUAGCAACCACCUGGUCAAGCGCGCAGCUUCAGCGUAUCUCCAGUCUGCUGCGAUUUUGGCGACCCGGAACCAAAACCAAAUUAUGAGAUUUUCGGAGAAGUUAAGGGAUCGGACUACAUUAGGUAGUUCAAGUUGGAAUGUUUACCUUGCAAACCUCGUAACUGCAUGUUUUAGCCCUAUAUGCCGCCUUAUUGCUUACCUGCGUAGCAGGUAGACUGGCCUAUAUAAAUAAUAAUAAUAAUAAUAAUCGGCCGCCUAGUAUACAGGCAGGUACUUAGUUUAUAUGGCUGGGCAUGGUCAUCUCGAGUUACUAGCUAGCUAGGCCAAAAAGCCACCAAUAACCUUUGCCGGUGGGAGGUUCACGUACGUACACCGAUGAACAGUUCUGCAUGGGGUAUAUCCUUAUCUUGUUUAUCUUAUACGUGUUAUAUUGUAUUUUCUAUAGACAACAUGUUUCCCAAGAUCCAGUAAUAUUUUGUAUGUAAAAAUUUUGUGAACUUCAUAAUUUAAUAUUAUCCGAUCCGGUGCAAGCAA